CAUCAAAACUCCAACUCUCCUCGUGUCUCUCUGAGUCCUGACUCUCCAUUGCUACAGAAGUUUCCCUUACACACAGUAUUCAACACAAGCUGUACAAUCCACAGAACAACCUCUCUCUUUGUGUUUUAAUAUGACAUACUUUGUGUUCUUUGAAUACUGUCCCACCACCUGUCAUUCACACCCCCCAUGAUAGAAAUGCUAAAUAUAUCAAAUCCUAUUGUUUGUAUUUGUUCUGGGAGUGUCAUUUUCGAGCCUGAAACCUGAAAAACAGGCUUGGGGCUUAUCAUAUCCAACUAUGAAGAAGUGGGUGUGUGAGCCCGCGUGAGUGUUUGCUGCAAGGGAGAGGGAGAGCUGUAUUCCUGUGUGUCAUUUGCAGUAAACUUUGAUUUAGCCCCUCCCAAUAUACAGUAGUUGGUGACAGGUAUCUCAGCAGUUAGUGUUUGAUUGAGCCUUGAGGCCUCCAGUUCUCAGUGUCAGGGAUGGCAGAAAAACACCUUAAGAUUUGUUAUGCGCUGCUUCUGCUCUCAAUUUGCAGUGUACUUUUGCUUUUACCAUGGGAAUAUUCAUUGAGCAGAAUCAGAUGGCCAUCUUUGUCAGGAAAUAUAAGCCAAAGAGCUCACAAGUUGUUUUUCGACUUGGGAAUGGAAAAAGGAAGCUCCACUUCAGCUGAUGUGUUAGCACAGAAAACAAAACUUCCUGAUUACAUACAAACAAAUCCAGGAAAGGACCUAAAAAAUGAUCAAACUGGACCUAUACGAGCCGUUGUGGCUGAGACACCCAUGCCCGUCCUCAUCAGAAGCUCCUUCAAGAAGGUUCCUGAGUGGGAUUUUGAGGAUAUUUAUAACCAGGAUGCUCCACCCAGACAGACGACGUGUGCCAAUUCUCUGCGAAACUCUGAGGAUGAGAGCUUUAAGAAGAAUUUCCUUCCCAACAUACGGCUGUAUAUGCACAAAGACAACGUCAACAUGAGCGAGUGGAACCGGCUGUCGCAUUUUAACAAUCCCUUUGGUUUUAUGGGGUUUAAGCAUGAUGAUGUAAUGACUUCAGUGAAGUUAAUCCCAAAGCCCAAGGAGCCACUUCUCCUUCCAAAGCCAGGCGGUGGGUGUGUGACCUGUGCUGUGGUUGCUGGUGCGGGAAUACUCAAUGGCUCAAAAAAUGGAAAAGAGAUCGAUGCUCACGAUUACGUUUUCCGGUAAGGAAGAAAACAUGUGGAUGUUGUU